UCCUGCACCCACUUGAUCUGCGGCCACUCCUGAUUGCGUUCCAGGUCUUCCCUUUGCUCCGUCAAUUAAGAUACGGAGUUCCCAUGUUAGACGUACGACGACUGUGAGAUGAUUCCAUUCCCCAAGCAUAUAGCAUCCGUUCUUUGCCACACAGCACAUGCAUGAUCACCAACUUUGUUUGCUCCCCUUCUGUGUCUUGCUGACACAAAUUACAAGUCUUGUAUUUUGAUGGCUCCUGUCUACUGGUUCUUAGUCUUCAUCGGGGUUUGGUGGCUACCACUGAUGCUCGUCGGGGCUGACGAGCAGCAAGGCGAAGGCUGCUCGCGCUCGGCCAACAGGUGUGGCACCCUCACCAUCUCUGAUCCGUUCUGGCUGGCUGAGACAGACGCGGGAAGAUCGUGUGGUAUCUUGGACUUCAAGGUCACUUGCUAUAAUAACAGCAGUGCAACCCUACGGAGCUCCGUGCCCCUCAUCCCCGGCUUUGCAAUCAACAGUAUCUCUUACGAGGAACGCAACUUGCGAGUCGUUGAUGAAGGCAAGCAGAAACUAUUGGAAGCCUCCAGCGGUUGCGGCAUAAAGAUUGGGAACACCUCCGCCAAACUAGACACCCAGUUCAAGAUCGACCUCAGCAACCUGAAUCUCAUUUUGUACAAUUGCACGGAGGAAAGCGCGGUGGCUGCUGCACGUCCGGACAGAGGCCUGGUGCAGACAAGAGUGAGGUGCAGGAACGAGUGGGUGGUGUUUGUCCGCUCGGGAGUGCAUCACGACCGGAUCGGGAACUACGCCAGCUACGCCAUGGAGGGCUGCGAUGCAAGCGUCGUGCCGGUACUGGGCUCAUCGUCAGGCAAGACGAACGCAAGCGACUACGAGCAGCUCAUCAAGGAUGGCUUCCUCUUGACAUGGGAGGCCCCCCCUCUCCCUCUGCCUGCAGCAGCACAUGGUAGGCGCAGCAAGAAGUUAAUUUUGAUAGGUAUGUCUAUCAUGGCUUCUGCUCAGAAAAUACGUGAUACUUUGUCUCAAACUUUCAUACUUUGA